AGCGAUCCUGAGGGGCUGGUUGCCUCUCUUAAGCUGAAUCAUAUGGCAGUUAGUCAACGGGGCAUAGCCAGUAGCGUACUCAGUCUUCACUGUUACCGCCACCUGGAAUGUCUCGCCGGUAGUGGCAGCAAUAACUAGUACUAUGGCUAAGCGCAGUACUUUGUUUAUUCGUAUCGUAGAGGGGAAGAACUUGCCUGUCAAAGACAUCUCUGGCAGCAGUGACCCGUAUUGCAUUGUUCGGAUUGAUAGUGAAGCCAUCAUAAGGACUGCUACAAUCUGGAAGACACUGUCUCCAUUCUGGGGAGAAGAGUACCAUGUGAAUUUGCCACCUAGUUUCCACACAGUCUCUUUCUAUGUUAUGGAUGAGGAUUCACUCAGCCGUGAUGAUGUCAUUGGAAAAGUGUCAGUCACAAAGGAGAUCCUCGCUUCUAAGCCUCAAGGCUUGGACGGCUGGUUAAACUUGACUGAAAUUGACCCAGAUGAAGAAGUGCAAGGAGAGAUCCACCUUCAGAUUUCUAUCACAAAUGAAGAGACAUCCAGGAAACUACGGUGCCAUGUCUUUGAAGCAAGAGAUUUGGCGAGGAAAGACCGCAAUGGUGCAUCAGACCCUUUUGUGAGAGUGAUGUACAAUGGGAAGAUGUACGAGACCACAGUGGUGAAAAAGUCAUGUUACCCACGUUGGAAUGAGAGUUUUGAGUUUGAAAUAGAUGAGACGUUUGCAGAUAACACACUGAUUGUGGAAGUAUGGGAUUGGGACCUGGUCAGUAAGAAUGACUUUCUGGGCAAGGUGCUUUUCAACAUCAGCAAGCUUUGUUCCAUUCAGCAGGAGGAGGACUGGUUUCGGCUGAUUCCAAUUAAACCCAAGGAAAGGGAAGAUGAAGGUAAUGUAGGAUCAUUGCGUCUACAGCUGAAACUCCGUGAUGAAACAAUCCUCUCUUCUAACUACUAUCAGCCCCUCACUGAAUUAUUAUGCCAGGCUGUGAAGACAAAUGUUAAUUGCAGCCAAUCAGAUUUAAUCAGGUUGAUUGAUGAGACCACCACUGCAGAAAGCCGACAAGAAGUGGCGACCAAUCUUGUCAAGCUUUUCCUAGGCCAAGGCUUGGCCAGAGAGUUCUUGGAUGUACUUUUCAAGCUGGAGUUAACAAAAACCAGUGAACCAAAUACACUAUUUAGAAGUAAUUCUUUAGCAUCAAAGUCAAUGGAGUCCUUCUUAAAGGUGGCUGGAAUGCAAUAUCUGCAUCAUGUCCUAGGACCUACAGUCAGCAGAAUUUUCGAGGAAAAGAAGUAUGUGGAACUUGAUCCCAGUAAAGUGGAGAUCAGAGAAGCAGGUUGUACUGGGCUUCAUAGAGUGCAGACAGAAACAGAGGUGAUCCAACAAAGCACCCAGUAUCUGCAGUCUUACCUGACUGACCUGCUCCAUUCCAUCCUGAAGUCAAUAAGCCACUGCCCACCUAUAGUGCGCAGUGCUUUCCGCCAGCUGUAUGAGCGCGUCCAGGAGCGCUUUCCCGACAAGGAGUUCCGGAAGGUGAAGUUUAUAGCGGUUACAAGUUUCCUGUGUCUACGCUUCUUUUCACCCGCCAUCAUGUCCCCUAAAUUAUUCCAUCUGAGGGAGAAGCACCCAGAUGCCCGAACCAGCCGCACACUGCUACUGUUGGCUAAGACUGUCCAAAUAAUUGGAAAUCUAGACACUCUGGCCAGCCGCUCUAAAGAAUCUUGGAUGGUCCCUUUGCUCCCUGCAGUUCAACAAGGUAUUACCCAGCUCAAAGAGUUCAUCACCCAACUGGUCAGCUUCGAGGAGAAAGAAGAUCUUGACCUUCAAGACAAACUCAGUCUGCAGUCUUCAUCAAUAAUUAAGGAAGGAUAUCUCUUCCUGCAUAAGACCAGAGAGAAAGGGAUGCUGAUAUCUUCACCUUUUAAAAAAUACUAUGUCACACUGCGCAGUGAUACCUUGUCAUAUGCCAAGACAUCCAGCUCUAAGAAGAGCUCAUUCAUUGUGUUGUCCAAAAUCCGAGCCAUAGAGAAGGUUGAAGAGAAAAGCUUCGGCAACUCCCAUGUCAUGCAGAUCAUUUCAAAUGAUGACAACGAGCAAAACGAAAUCCUAUACAUGCAGUGUAAGAGUGUAAAUGAGUUCAACCAAUGGUUGUCUGCUUUACGAAAGUCUUGUGUCCACAAUAGCGAAAUGAUGAGCUCUUACCAUCCUGGAGUCUUCAAGGGUGAUAAGUGGAGCUGCUGCCACCAAAAGGAAAAAACAGCAUCUGGUUGUGAUAAAACCCAACAUGGAGUUACACUUCAAGAAUGGAAUGAUCCCCUGGACCCAGAUCUGGAAUCUCAAUUGAUUUUUAUGCAUUUGUUUAGAGUAAAGGAGGCAAUGAGGGAAAAGUAUCAUGAAAUGACGACAGAAAAGGACAAAAGAAACUACAUCGGUCAUGCUGAAGACUCCCAGAAGAAUGCAGUUGUCUCCCAGCUUUUCCAUGUCCUCCAGGACCUGCAAGAUGCUCAUGAAGAUGUGAAGCGCUCAGAGAAACAGAAAAACAAAAACUUCCUUCAGGACCUGCAGACAUAAAAACUGGAUCCAUUUUUACCGUAUAUUAAGUCUGCUUGCUCCUCACUGAUUAAACAGGACUAUAGAAGAACUGUUUUGUAUUUCAACAAUCAUUAUUUUAAACUUUUUAUGACUUUUAUAAAGGUGGUGUCUGACAUGAAAAGUACCAGCCUUUCAUAUUUCAACUCAUAACCUCAUAUGAAGAAUGUAUGCUUACUUUGAUUUGUUUUUGUUAUUAAUAUUUUUAUACUAUAACAAGUUUUAUCAAAACUGUAAUGUGGUCAGUAAUGCAUUUCAACUAACAUCUGAAAGGAAAACUUAAUGUACUUUGGGUUACACCGUUUGAUUCCAAGAAGCAAUCAGAACAUGUUGUACCAGGAACUAAUACACUGAAAAUGAAUCAUAAACAAAUAGUGUGGACUGAAAUGUCUCCAAGAUUAUUUAAUAAACAUCACUAUAGGAUUAUUCAAACAGUUAACAAAAUAAUUUUUAGCAUGCAAACAACAGUUGAAAAAUUUUUAAUUUAUGAAAGUCCAAAGUGCAUGUGCCAAAUUUUCUGAGCUUCCAAGCAGCUGUUUGGCUGGUGUUGAUAUCAACUUUAAAACCAAACCUAAAUAUCUCACAGCCGAAUAGUUGGAAUUCAUCCAAAACAUAAUUAAGAUAUUAAUAUUUAACAAUUGCUUCAUUCUUCCUGGAGUUGCAGUGUCCACAAAAUUUUACACACAGACGCACAAACACAAAUCUUUCCAAAAAUGCUCAAACGUCACUCCAAGGAUGUGGAAACAGGUUUUUCUGUUGAAAACACAAAGUCAGUUUUCUCAGCGGAAACAAACCUGCCUCCAUAUAUGAAAUAUGGAGAAACUCAAUAAGGCUUCAUGACUGCAAAACUGGCUAACACAAAAGGGAAGAAUCGCUGAUCUGGGAUCUCUUUAAAUUGGAAGUAUUUAGACACACACUUUUCAUAAUCCUAAUCUUAAAUGAUGUAAACAAGAAUAGUGGUAUCCUGAACAACAGGAAAUCACUUCCACAUCCUUGUGUUGUUUGUAAAUUUUCAUGAAUCCAUUUUUCUAAUUGUAGUAUUCACAGGUCAUGAGGCAGGAAAAACCCCCGGAAAGGUGGUCAUUCCUUCAUAGGGCACACUGGUGCAAUAGCAGCACAGCUUGCAGUAGUUGCUAUUCAAAUAAUGAAUGGCCUUGGGUAAUGACUGACUGACUGUUUCCGAGAAGAAAGAAACCUUCUGUCCAUCCCUGCCAGGCCACAAGUCCAGCUGCACCUUCCAGUUGCCAGGCUGGGAUUAUCCCCUGUAUUGGCCUUCCAUCCAGGCACAGGGAAUGAGAUUCACCAUCAUCGGGACACCCAUCCAUCCAUUACAAUACCUUGUAUAUUCUUUAACAUUGCCUCACAGGCACCUUAAGUGGCUCACUCAGUGUCACACAGUGGCAGGAAGUGAACCACUGACCUUGUUGUUUAAAGUUCAUUCAAGUUCCUUACAUUUGGAUCUUUACACUGUUGACCAACAUUAGCUUCAAAUGAAAUUGUGGCAAAGUUGCAGUAAAUUAUAAAAGCAGGCAGCCUCAGAGCUUCGUCAAAGUAUCAGCUUUUAAUAACAAGUAAUUGACAUUUAGAAAAGAAGUCACACGCAGUCUUUCAUUAUAAUGUUUUCAUAAAGUUUGCCCUGCUGUUCACAGUAAAUAAGGCAUUUUAUUCAAACACUAGCAAAUUUCGUAAAACAAUGGGCAUCAGUUACAGUGCUGUUGAUUAAUCAGCUGUAACAGAAGUACUGUGUAACUAACUUAAGUGUGUUUCUGUGUACAAUAGUGGUAUUUUUUUUUUUUUUUUACCAGGGGCUAAGCCUAUUGGCAGGCAAUGUGGUGUGGUGAUUAUGGCUUAGGACUUUAAAUCCUGACACUUCGUAACAAUGAGCAAGUCACCUACAUGUGAAAAAUAAAACAAAUGUAACCAGUUGUAUCUUAAAUGUUAUAAGCUGCCUCAGAUAAAGACUUUUGUCAUACACUGAGUAAUAAUACUAUUAGGUCAUUGGAACUGCUUACUCUUGCUCGUGCUAUAUACAUUUGCCUGUGUGUAAUACAUUACUGCAUUGGGUCAGUUCCUGCUUUUCCUAAUAACUUGGCCUUUGUUGAUGGUCAAUGCGAAACACAAUUUUACAGGAAAUUGUAUUCUUUUGAAUUGAAAUUGGUAGUCAGUAAGAAUAAUGUGAAAUGUGAGCAUAUACAGUAUAUUAUCAUUAUUAGAUAUGUCUUUAUGUAACAUUUUCUUUAAUAUUUAUCAGCACAUCUCAAUCUAUACCUGCCUUCUACAAGACUCUUCCCAUAAUAAAUGUUCAUUGAAUGUUCAGCCCUGCUAAUUCAGCCUGCUGAUGUGCCCAAACCAUUUCACAUGUCUACUUCUAAUCACAUCAACUGUUGUACCAAUUCUCUUUAUUUUUUAUUAGUCUGUCUUGCCAUCUGAUUCCAAUCAUCCAUAUGUAAUAUUUCUUCUGAAAUGUGCUGGUCUUGUACUUGUCUUCUACCGUCAUUGUCCGUAGUUCCAAAAUACACUCAGUUCUAAAAUUCUCUUUUUUUGUGCUAAUAAUUGUAUUACAAUUUUUCUAAAUUGUUUUCAAUUUUGAAUUGGCAUCUGUAGCCUUUGAGAGCAAUCCUAGAUAUUAUUUCUAUCGAAACAACUGAUAUCAAAAGUACAUUUAUGUAUAUGCAAGGUAUUUAAAACUGUCAACAUAGUUCGAUUUUUUUUUCCACUCAACACUAUCUCUAGCUCAUUAUCCCUUUUUUCUUUACAAAACACUUCUUUUGGUUGAUGGUCAUUCCACACUUCUUGCUGGUUUUUGUAACAAGUCCAACAAGUUUUUGUAGUUUUUCUGCUUUUCUAUUAAUUAAAUCAGUAUUGUUUAUGAAUUUUAUGUUGCUGUGAACCAUGGCACAUAUUUCACUUUCUUCAUUAUCAAUCUCUAUCAAUUCACUCAGGGCCUGAGUCAUAAUUCUUUUGAAGCAGAAUAAAACAGAAGUUAGUGAUAGAAUGCAAGUUAGUCAGCUCUUCUCCUACUAAUACUGCUGAUUCUAUUGGUUGUUGGCCAAUGUUUAUUGGCAUUUGGUAAGAUUUCAGAAUUUUCCACUGUAUUAUCAUGAAAUUUGUGAGGCCUACCACGUACGUUAAUAGGUUGGCCUACACUUUACGAUUUAACACACACACAGUUACACACACAUACACAUUGAGAUCCUGUCCAGAUAAAGUCUCAGGUGAUGUCAGUUGCCAUUCACCCCACAAUAUUCCAUGAGUACAUAUAAGAGUUAUGCCAAAUGCCCAUUACUCUUAGUACUCUACAUAGCACUAACAGACAUACAGGUGUCCUCGGGACACAUAUUAGAAAGCUCAGUACUCUCUUGGGUAACUCAUAUGCCACUAACCAACCAAACAAUGUCUUACUACUAACACACUUGUUCUAAGUAUCGAGGAGCGACCUCUCAGCCUUGAUAAACCUGUGAGCAAGAAAGCAUCAGCCUUCCUACACAAAAGUAGGUGCCCUAAUAUUUACUUCAGUCACUCAAGUGAUAAAGACAAAGUAUAGAAAUGUAAAAGCAACGUGGUAUUUAAUAAAGUGUAAUUAUACCAAUAGAAGAAAAGUAUAAUAAAAAAUAAAAUAAAUAGCAAAGGUCUGGAUAUAGUCUUAGUAAAGCUUACUGAAAAUGAGCAUUGUCAUUGGUGGAUGCUGUCCUGGGCUACGUUUUUGAUUUAGCGAUCAUAGUUACUCAUGUGUUAUAUUCUCUGCUGUCUCGAUAAAAUGGCCAUUCAUGUCUUGAUCUCUCACGUCACUUCCUAUGUCGUUGCUGCCUUCUGUUGUCAUCCUCUGGUCCUUUAUAUCAAAAUUUCAUGUGGGACUUCAUGACAUUGCACACAUUUGAUUGGUUGGCUGUCCUUAUGACUCUGCUCAAAGUCUUUGAUCAUUUUACAAACCUGCGUACUGCUUUCCCUUCCCAGACUAAAAGCUAAUUAAAACUUAAUGGUACAUACUUAUUUUCUGUUCACAGGUUAUAAAUUACUUUUGCAUUACAGAAAGAAUGUAUGAGAGAGAAAUACUUUCAAUUUGAACUGCCAUUAUAGUUUAAUUUCAUACUGGUUCAUUUGAGCAAAAACGAAAAAUUAAUAUAAGCAGUCUGCAGUUUCAAAACUUGAGGAAUUUCCACUCCAGGACCUCCACAUACACUCAUGGCUGAUGCUGUCAAAUGA